GUUGACGUGCAUGUGGGCAGCCGGCUGUUUGCCAACGUUGUCUCGAGUGCAACAGGCCUGCUCAAGCAUACAUCGCGUAUCAUCAUCUCCAACGAGGUCAAUGUGUUGGCGCGAGCAGAUGCGGUCAGCCUGGCUAUCGACGGCGAGAUCCACAGUCCAGCCCACCGCGAUCUGCUUUACAGCGUCACACACGCAUCGCUGCAGUUCUUUUCUUCCGUGCCCACUGGUCGCAUUAUUGGGCUGUUUACCGAUGGCCAAAAGGUUAUUGACGAGGAUCUGCCCGAGCUAGUGGGCGAUUUCAUGAAACACUCAAUCCAACUUCUGUUUGAGACCUGGGUUGUCUUUGGUUUCCACCCGAUAAUGCCUGCAGCCGUGGUGGUUCUUCUCGCUGCCAUGAUCUUCAUCAUCAAGGCAGCCCUAGAGAGCCCAAGAUACCAGCAGUCGCUUGAUGGAGCAGCCACGAUCCGAGCGUUUUCAAACCACCAGUAUGCCAAUGAGCUGAUGUUCCAGCGUAUGGAUGACUAUUCGUGUGUUAAGCGGUCAGAGGAAUUCAUUUACACCUGGGUUGACCUGAGUAUCUCGGUGCUGCGCGAGAUGGCACUCAAUGUUGCAUACAUAGUCACUGUGCUGGGUAUCAGCAGCGGUGCAAGAAUAAACCACUCACACCUGGUUGCCAUCCGGCUGGUCACAUCGCUGCAGAUGGCGCGCUUCCAGCACUUAACGCACAAAAGUUACACGAUUCGCACUGGUUUUUCAAAGUCUGCGCGCUACAUUCACUACAGCAGGCUAAAGACGGAGCACGAGGGGCAGGUUGUAUUUGACAAUGUGACUGCGCGUACAAUACAGCAUUCCAUGGCGCUGUUUGGCUUGCUCAAGCCACCGUCUGGGAGUCGUGCCGCAGACAUCGUUCUGUUGACUGGCACUGUGCGCGACAACCUGGAUCCGUUCAGAAAGCACGCUGACUCAGAGAUCCAACGCUGUCUGAUAGCAGUCGGCAUGUCGGACCGGAUGGAGCGUUGGUCAACAGCAGCAGAUAUGCCUGGCACGGGCACUACUGAAGCGCCAAAGGUCCUUGUGCUGGAUGAGUCCACCGCAGCCAUUGAUAGUGGGACCAGCAAUCUCCUACACCAGCUGAUCCGCGACGACGACAUGGUCCUGGUGGUCGAGGAUGGCAAGAUCUGUGAGUCCGGAGCCCCAGACAACCUGCGCCAUGACCCAGAGAGCCAUUUUGCGCAGCUAGUGAAGCAAUCAGUAGAGAAGGCCGAUCCAUCAAAUACUUGCUGA